AUGUCACGUCGAUAUCGUGACGGCAGAAGUGAGGAUUGUUCUGAAAAAUCUGCAAAAUCUAGUUCUCACUCUGAAAAUUCAGAUCAUCAUAAAGGUAUGCAUUCCACAACAACUGCAGCACAAAAUAUAAAGCGUGAAAAUUCUGUCAGCGAUAACUCUCAUUCUUCUGGUCAUCAAAAGAUUGAUGAAACAAAUGAAACUAGUGACUGGGAUGCUGAGGAUGAAGAUGAUGACAAUCAUGAACAAGAUGGCAGUGAGACUCCGACUAUAGAAUCAGCUCAUAAAAAUCAUUGUAGCACGCCUAGUUCGUCAAGAGAUCAUUCACUUGAUCGAUCGGCUACACGGUCUGAAAACGGUUGUUCAGAUUCUGAAGAAUCCAAUGAAAUUUGUAAUAAGAGGAUGCUUAAGAAGUCUUCUCCACCAUGUCCCCGUAGAAGUCGAGGUUCUGAAUACGGUCGUCAUGAGACUGUAGAAGACGAUGAUUAUGCAGAUGAUGAUUCAGAGUCUGGUAACGUAGAAGCUGAUUAA